GUGGCAUCGUUGAAAUGAUUUGUGUGUUGGGUUUGUGAAGAAUGGGAAUGGCCAUGAAGAAGGGUCUUUGAGGAAUACUCUGAAGAAAAAGUUCUUGUCUGUCGGCGGCAGAGGAAGGUGGUGUUUCCAUGGCGGCGGACACUUCGAAAGAAGAGUUGUUGCAGCUCAUCAAACGCAUCACUUUUAAGAUUUCCAAUCUCUUCCACAUCUCUUCCAAUAAUGUUGAUUCACAGUCUAUUGGGGCAGUUGCUGGUCUUGCCAUUGCAAUUUUUUUCACCUGGAGGCUAUUGAGAUCACCUGGUGAAUCUCAACGCAGGCAACGAAAACGGCAAGCUGCUACUUCUAGUAGUCCUGGAGUUAGUACACAUUCAAAUGCCUCUGUAGUUCCUUCUGGAGUUUGUUCAUCCUCAGCAGACUCAAGGGCACAAAAUGUAGUCGAUGAGUUCUUUCAGCCCAUCAAGCCUACCUUGGGCCAGAUUGUUAGGCAGAGGUUGAAUGAAGGAAGAAAGGUAACUUGUCGUCUUCUCGGAGUGAUCCUUGAGGAAAGUAGUCCAGAGGAGCUUCAGAAACAAGCGACUGUGAGGCCCGCUACGCUUGAAGUAUUGUUGGAAAUAACAAAAUUUUGUGAUUUAUAUCUCAUGGAACGAGUUCUGGAUGAUGAAAGUGAGAAAAGAGUUCUUGUAGCAUUAGAAGAUGCUGGGGUAUUCACUUCAGGUGGUUUGGUGAAGGACAAGGUCCUCUUCUGUUGCACAGAGAAUGGACGGUCAUCAUUUGUUCGGCAAUUGGAACCAGAUUGGCAUAUCGACUCAAAUCCUGAAAUUAUCUCUCAGCUAGCUAGAUUUAUCAAGUAUGAACUUCAUGUCUCUUCUUUUAGAACCGAACGAACUGCUGCUAAUGUGUUCACUGCUCCGUCCCUGGAACAGUUCUUUGGAUCCAUAUGAAAUUCAAACAAUUAAAAUUGGGAUGUUAUUCAUAAAUUUAUACUAGUUUGUUGCUAUUUGCAUAUUGGAUUCCAAUGUCACCAUACAUGUUUUUUUCACCUUAGACAUUUAAGAACUAGGUUAGAUAUUCAAGCUUAGUUGGUGCUCACCCUAGGUAGGUGAAAGACCUGCUGUGUAUCUCUGUAAAAUGCUUUAAGGAAGAAAUUUCUUUCGCUCUCUUUUUUUCUUUUUGGGAUUUUGGUUUGAAAUUUGUGCUUUGGAGUGGAUCUCAUCACAUGCAUACUGUUAUAUUUUGAUCAUAGUUACAU